AUAGUUAAACUGUUGAAGGUGUGUGUAGCUUCUAUAUAUACACAUACAUGCAUACAUAUGUGUAUUCUGCAAGAUAGUAUUGCAGAAGCCACAAGACAUCUCAUAUUUUCUCUACCAAAGAAAAAAAUCCUCAAAAAAUACCUUCUUCGUGUUGUGUGUGUGUGAAAAGGGUUGGUUAUAUAUAUAGAAAAAAAAGAAAGAUAGAAAGAGAUGGAUUGGAAUGGUAAUUUUAGAAUGCCUUUUGUUUCUCGACCUUUAGACACUACCUCUAAUUUCAACUUUCUCUACAACUGCAGUUUCGACCAUUUCCCAGGUGUAGGAAUAGAAAUGAAGCAACACACAUUGCUGCCAACAUUAAUGGAGAAGAACAUGAAUCAUUUGGGGGUGGAUCCGAAGAAGAAGCGGCUGAGCAACGAGCAGCUGGAGCUGCUCGAAAACAGCUUCCAAGACGAGAUAAAGCUGGACCCGGACCGAAAGAUGAAGCUCGCCAAGGAGCUAGGGCUGCAGCCGCGCCAGAUCGCGGUCUGGUUCCAGAACCGGAGGGCUCGCUGGAAGGGCAAGCAGCUCGAGCGCUUGUACGACGCGCUUAAGCAGGAGUACGACGCCGUUUCUAGGGACAGACAGAAGCUGCAGCAGGAGGUUAUGGCACUAAGGGCAAUGCUCAAGGAUCAUGUGGCAAAAAAUCAAGUAUCGACUGGGUACACAGACGUUUCCGGGGAAGAAACUGUGGAAAGCACGUCGAUCCCAAGCUCCGACAAGCACCAGCCAGUGGCAGAGGCAGAGGCGAUGACGACGGUGACUAGCCUCCACCAGAUGAACAUGGAUGCUGAAUGCAACUACCAGAUGAACAUGGAUGACUACAAUAAUACAGUGAUGAUACCUCCAUACAGCUGGGCUACUACUUCUAUGCCUUGAAUAAACUCAAUUAUUGUAUAUCUUCUUCCGUUUCAAACUAAAAAAUGUUAUGCUAAUGCUGAGGGUUUGUAGCUAGGUCGACCUAAAUGUAUUAGGUGGUUUAAUUUUAGGGUGAGAUAGAGUUAAUUAGUUUGAUUUAGGUAGUAGUUGAGAGUGUUGUUUAAUUAGACUUGUGAUGGAUCCGCGAAUUUCUGAUGUUUGGAAAUGCUGGUAGAGAAUGAAGAUUAUGACACAAAGAAU